AUGAACAAAAAUGGUGUGUUUACCAUUUCCUUAACCUUGGUGAAGCUCCAAUUCCAAUGGCGGGGCAUAGCGAAAGUGCGUUUGAAGUGGGUGAAAAACCGAAGCCUGGACCACAUUAUCGACAAGGAAACCGAUCUGAAGGCCGCUUCGCUUAUCAAGGACGCCAUCAAGCGCUCCUCCACCGGCUUCCUCACCGCCAAAUCCGUCUCCGAUUGGCAAAAACCGUUGGGACUCACCGUCCCCGUCCUCCGCUUCAUGCGGCGGUACCCAACUCUGUUCGACGAGUUCCCUCACCCUCGCUGGCCCAGCGUCCCGUGUUUUCGUUUAACCGACACGGCACUGCUAUUGGACUCUCAAGAACAGAGCAUCCACCAUAAUCACGAGACUGCCACUGUCGAGAGGCUCUGCAAGUUGCUAAUGAUGAUGAAGACUCGAACGAUGCCGUUUCAGUCCCUUAUUCCUCUCAAAUGGGACCUCGGUUUGCCUGAUUCUUUUGACAAAACCCUAGUUCCCAAAUACCCUCAGUAUUUCCAAUUCGCCAAGGCCUCAAAUGGGGUUCCCAUUCUUCGGUUAGCGCGUUGGAGUGAGGAAUUCGCGGUUUCAGCGUUGCAGAAGAGCAAUGAAAGUGGUAAUGGGAAUGAGUACAGGGAGUUCAAGAGAGGACAAACAGCGUUGGUUUUCCCAAUGAGGUUUCCGAGGGGUUAUGGAGCACAGAAAAAGGUUAGGGCUUGGAUGGAUGAGUUUCAGAAAUUGCCUUAUAUUUCUCCUUAUGUGGAUUCUAUGAAGAUUGAUCCUAAUAGUGAUUUGAUGGAGAAGCGUGUUGUUGGGGUUCUACAUGAGUUUUUGAGUUUGACUCUGCAUAAGAAAACCAAGAGAAACUACUUGAGAAGCUUGAGGGAUGAGUUGAAUCUUCCACAUAAAUUUACCCGGAUUUUCACCAGAUACCCAGGCAUAUUUUACCUCUCGUUGAAGUGUAAAACAACUACUGUUACUCUUAGAGAAGGGUAUCGGAGUGGAAAACUAGUGGACCCUCAUCCUCUUGCUCGACAUAGAGAGAAGUUUUACCAUGUUAUGAAGACGGGUCUUCUUUAUCGUGGUACUGGCGCAAUUUUGAAACCUGAGGAGGAAGACGCUUUACUUCUUGAUGCUGUGCCAAAUGAUGAAAUAAAGAAGGAUGACUCUGAGGAGGAAGAGGUUGAAACAAGUGAUGAGUUCUUUGAGGAUGAAGUUUCAGAGACGGAUGAAACAAGUGAAUAAGUUUUGGAUGCAGAAUUGUAUUAUUUCGUAUGACACAAGCAACAGGAUAACCACUUUUAAAAGGUUGGCUGGAAUACCAUAGAAGGGGAAUGAAGAUCAUUUUAAGCUAGAGAAUUAUUCCGUGAUGCCGAGUGGACGGCAUUAAUUUAUCUUGUUCGAGGCCAGCUUGCUGAGGCUAUUGAACAUGCUGGAGAUCACUGAAACAACUCAAGCAUGAAUGGUUCAGACGAUAUUUGUCAACUGUAUCAUCUGAUCACGUAUUGGUCAUCUUUAUUUUUUGCCACCCUCUUUAGUGAGCUUUCCAAAUUGCAGCAGCAAUAACCUUUAUGGUCGAAAGCUAGGCUACGGUUAAAUAGAAUCCAAAGGGGAAGUUUAAUAUUUGGGGGAUAAAUACAUUAUUUAAUCUUUAUUUAUAACACAUCUGAUUUUCUUACUUUGUUGUUUUUUAUGAAAAUUUGUGU